CCACACGCGUGUUACAAAUAUGCGUCUUCCAUUAAAAUUAUAAAAGGCUCAAAAACCCUUUGAUAACAAUUUGAUUGUUAUCUAUUCCUGGAAAGGGAUAAGAAUAUUCUUCUAGUAGAGAGCCAGUAGUAGGUUUUAGUUAACUGAUACAUAUGUACCAAAUUUAAAUAUAAUCGGAGAUAUUAAAAUACUCGUAACAUAUUGUCGGUACCAGUUAGAAUAAUAGAAUCGUUCCAGUUGCAACUCAUUAUCAUUAAUAAUUAUUAUCGUUUAUUAUUGUAUGAACAGUUCUCUGACAACCACCCAAAGGAGAUUGAAGAACUAUGGUCGACACUGUGCGCCUGCUGGCCGAACAAUCUGAAAGUUAUCAUUCGUUACCUGAUCAUUGUAUCCGGCAUGGCGCCAAACGAACUUUUACCAUACGCGAAACGUGUGGUGUUAUACCUAGCGCGGUCUCGGCCGGAGCGUCUACUGGAUGAGAUGAUGACGGAGCUGCAGACGGUAGAGACCCUCAACUGUCUGAUCGAACGCACGGAGACGCCGCCCUUCUACCGGCUCACGUCCAUGCGUAAAGCGACCUCCGGACACAGCGAUACGCCCGGCACCGGCUCACAGGAUGCAACCGGGCGCGCUGGAGAUCUGGCACCUGUAGAAAAAGGCACUAUCCACACAAAGAGACACAGCGGUGAAGAUCCCGCUAAGGCCGGCGGUACCAAAGCACCAGAGACCCCAGGUGUCCGUGUGCCGGACAAGCGUGCGUCUGCGCCGGCCUGCGCCACGCCCCCCGCUGACAUCGAACCUGCACCGCCCUCUGACGGUGACGCCACGCCGGUAAAGUUUUGUUAUUAUUAAAUAU